AUGGUGAUGGAAAAAGGUAAUGCAAAGGCCAAAGAAUAUAAACAAUCAAAUGAUAUGAAACCUUUGGGCAUAUUAAUUGAUGGAAGAGGAGACCCAAAUGCUGUAGAUACCGAAGGAGUGACAUUGCCAACUCUGAUAAGGGUGUCGUCGGAGAUAAGCAAUGGGUCGAUCAUCUUGAAUGUAGAUUGUGAUAUGUAUGCGAACAAUUCGGAAUUGGUGAGAGACGCAGUGUGUUUUUUCAUGGAUGAAGAAAAUGGCCACGAGAUUGCUUAUGUGCAAUUCCCACAGAAUUACAAUAACAUGACGAAGAACAAUCUUUAUGGAACUUCCAUGAAGAUAAUUCCUGAGAUGGCUACAAUCAAAAUGUGGAUUUUCCUGGAUUGGAUGGCUAUGGAGGACCUUUGUACGUGGGCACUGGAUGUUUUCACAGGAGAGAGUCUGAGUGGGAAGAAGUAUAAUAAACAAAAUAAGGAGAAAUGGGAAUCAAUCCCCAUUGGGAGGAAGGUGGAUGAAAGCUCACAUGACUCGGAAGAGAGAAUAAAGGGUCUUGCAACUUGUACAUAUGAGGAGAAUACUCAGUGGGGAAAUGAGAUGGGACUGAAAUACGGAUGUCCUGUGGAGGAUGUGAUUACAGGCUUGUCAAUCCAAUGCAGGGGAUGGAAAUCUGUAUAUUUUAACCCAGUGAGGAAGGGUUUCUUAGGGCUUGCACCCACCUCAUUAGCACAAUCUUUGGUGCAACACAAGAGAUGGUCUGAGGGUGACUUUCAGAUACUUACAUCCAAAUUCUGUCCCUUUAUAUAUGGGCAUGGCAAGAUAAAGCUGGCACUUCAAAUGGGAUAUGGCAUCUACUGUUUUUGGGCUCUGAAUUCCUUUCCAACACUAUUCUAUGUCAUCUUCCCUUCCCUUUGCCUUUAUAAAGGGAUUUCCUUAUUUCCAUCGAUCUACAGCCCAUGGUUCCUACCGUUCAUGUACGUGAUCAUUGCCGAGUACGCAUAUAACAUCCUCGAGUCCCUUUGGCAUGGUAUGACACUCAAGGGCUGGUGGAAUGAACAAAGGAUGUGGCUACUGAAAAGGACGACUUCCUACCUCUUCGCGUUCGUGGACACCCUCCUCCUCCUAUCAGGUAUUGCCAAGUCAGCAUUCAUCAUCACAGCCAAGGUGUCCGACGAUGACGUGUCCCAGAGGUACGAGCAAGAGAUCAUGGAGUUUGGAUCCAGUUCACCCAUGUUUACCAUCUUAGCUUCUCUUGCAAUGCUCAAUUUGUUUUGCUUGAUUGGUGGGGCCACGCGAGUCAUGAUGGACGGUGGGAUUAGUGUUCUUGAGACGUUGAUGUUGCAGUUUCUUUUAUGUGGGUCAUUGGUUUUGAUUAAUGUACCUUUCUAUCAAGGGCUCUUUUUUCGCAAAGACAAGGGUCGCUUGCCAACUUCCCUUGCUAUUACAUCCGUAGUUGUAGCUGUGUUGGCUUGUUUAAUUUCAAUAUAUUAGAAGAUGUGGGGAUAU